AUGGAUGUGGAAGAUAUCCAGGAGGACCCUGAGCUCAGUAUCAUAAAUGAGAAAGAGGUCGAUGAAAUGGUGGGUGUACAAGAACAAGUUACUCCAGAGCAAGACAAAUCCACCGUUGCGGUUGCGAAGUCGCCCCGUAUAUGGCCUGACGUGGAUACCGAGCGUGCCAUGAGACAUUAUCGAGAGAUCGCAGAGAUCCAGGAGACGUUUGAAGAUGAAGUCGACUAUCUCGACACAACCAUGGUCUCAGAAUACUCGGACGAAAUUUUUAAAUAUAUGAACGACCUGGAAGACGAUGUGAUGCCGAAUCCUGAUUAUAUGGAUGGUCAGAACGAAAUCACCUGGGCAAUGCGCCAAACAUUGGUCGACUGGCUCCUCCAAGUACACCUGCGCUGGCAUAUGUUACCAGAGACGCUUUGGAUCGCGAUAAAUAUCGUCGAUCGUUUCCUCACGAGACGCGUCGUGUCCCUAGUUAAGCUUCAGCUUGUCGGCGUUACUGCCAUGUUCAUCGCCGCCAAGUACGAAGAAAUCCUCGCUCCCAGCGUCGACGAAUUCGUCUUCAUUACUGAGAACGGCUACACGAAGGAGGAGAUCCUCAAGGGCGAGCGCAUCGUACUGCAAACGCUCGACUUCAAGAUCUCGCAAUACUGCUCACCCUACAGCUGGAUGCGCCGUAUCAGCAAGGCCGAUAACUAUGACAUCCAAACAAGGACGCUCGGCAAAUUCUUGACGGAGGUGACACUCCUAGAUCACAGAUUUUUGCGGUGUAAACCGAGUCUCAUUGCUGCGGUGGGGAUGUACAGUGCUAGGAGGAUGUUGGGAGGUGAUUGGAAUGAGUCAUUUGUGUUCCACUCAAGCUUUGUCGCGGAGCACCUCGAGCCCGGACACCAAUGGAUAUGUGAGAAACUACUCGAAGACAACUUCGCGAGCCAGUACGUCUGCCAGAAAUAUGCCAACAAGAAGUUCCUGAAGGCGUCACUGUUUGCAAUCGAGUGGGCGAAAUCGAACGUGGAUGAAGCCUAG